AUAAAAAUCAUAAAUUGACAGGUUGAUAUACACUGGUUCUAUUUCGGUUCGGUUCAAUUGUUCAGUUAAAUCCUGAUGAACCAAUAAGCAACAAUCAUGACUCAUUUCGGUGGUAAGGUAAACCGGAGUAUUAAAUAAACAAAAAAAAUCCAAGCCGAAAACCAGACCAGACCCGAGCCAUUCGCAGGAGUCAUUUAGCUGAGCCUUUUACUCUCUCAACUUCUCAAUUCCCAAAACCAGCCGACCGAUUAUUGAGCCAGCCUCGUUGCCCUAGCUCCUCUCCUCCGUUGAAUCCUCCGACCAAAUCAACGGAUCCGCCGUCGUAACCAAUCCCUCAGAUCGGCGAAAUUCCGACUCGCCGAUCCUCCUAAGCUCAUAUCCCUUAAAUCGGCUCAGAGAUCCAGCGCCGAUCCUCUUUCUCUCUUGGCUGCUGUUUCUGCUUUCCCUCCAAAAAAAACAAAAUAACUUCCCUCUCUCUCUCGCAACGGAUUUUUCUCGAAGGAUCGUUUCACAGAGACAAAGAAGCUUGGAAUCAAAUGGAGUGGAAUGUUAACAAUGCAUUCAAAACCUACAAAGAAUUGGAACCUAAAGCUAUGAUGGAUAUGACACUUGUUCCACAUUCUGAUCCCAUUGACAUUGGAUUAGGCUCUUCUGAUAAGUCAAACUCUGUUCCUCCUAAACGGAAGAAGACUAUGACUUCAGUUUAUCUUAAAUAUUUUGAGACUGCACCAGACAGCAAAACUCGGAAAUGCAAAUUCUGCGGACAAAGCUAUUCCAUUGCCACAGCUACUGGAAAUCUUGGAAGGCAUCUGACUAAUCGGCAUCCAGGCUAUGAUAAUUCAACAGAUGUGGUUACCAGCUCAUCAGUACCACAGACACCACCAGUUGUUGUAAAACCGUCACAAUCCCAGUCAAAAGCGCCACAACUCGAUUAUGAUCAUCUUAACUGGUUAGUUCUCAAGUGGCUUGCUUUGUCAUCACUUCCUCCCUCUACUGUAGACGAAACAUGGUUGGGAAACUCCUUCAAAUUUCUUAACCCAUCCAUCCAGUUAUGGCCGGCUAAAAAAUAUAAAGCCAUACUUCAUGAGGUUUUCAGAAGUAUGCGGGGAGAUGUAAAGACAUCCAUGGAGCAUAUCCAAUCCAAAGUUUCUGUCACUUUGAGUUUCUGGAAUUCAUAUGAAAACAUUUUUUAUAUGAGCGUAACGGGCCAAUGGAUAGACGAAAAUUGGUCGUCUCAUAGAUUGCUGCUUGACAUAUGUCGGAUUCCUUAUCCCUCUGGGGGUUCUGAGAUACAUAACUCCCUUUUAAAAGUCCUUAAGAUAUAUGCUAUUGAAGACAGGGUUCUAUCUUGUACACAUGACAACAGCCAAAACUGGCUUAGAUUGGUGCAGGCUAGCAAGUCCUUGGACUCUGUGAUUAGGAAAAACGAGGAUGUUCUAGAGAACAGAAUGAUGUUGAGUUCUGUAGAGAAGAACGCGGUGACUAUUGUCCACAAUUACUUGGAUUUGGAUUCAUUCCACAGGACCACUAACGAUAUGUGCACGAACAAGGAUCUCACAGUUGGUCUAGCACUGCUCUUCAUGGAUAACAUAUCUGAGAUGAUCACAACUUGCCAGAAAUCAUGCCACAACCCAGACUGGCUAAGAAGUUGUGCUGAAAGCAUGGCCCAGAAGGCCAGAAGUUACAACACUCAAGUGUGCAACGUGUUCACUUACAUCACAGCCAUUCUUGACCCGCGGAUCAAAACAGAGUACAUUCCAGAGACGAUAAAUCUCGAGAGCUAUAUAGAUGAAGCAAGAAACCAUUUCAUACGUAACUAUUCUUCUACUCAUUUUACAUCUUCCAUGUCUAGUGGGUACCGUCCUCAGGAAAUAGACGAAGGAGGAGCAGGAGGAGGAGGAAAUAUCUCAUUUGCAGAGGAAAUCGCUAGAAGGAAAAGAAGAGGAAGUAUGAGUAAUAAUGUUGUUGAUGAACUGACUCAGUACUUAUCAGAGUCUAUAGCUCCGAUGCAGACCGAUGUGUUAGAUUGGUGGAAGGUAAACAGUGGAAGAUACCCGCGACUUUCCAACAUGGCUCGGGAUUUCCUUGCGGUUCAGGCGACUUCCGCUGCACCGGAAGAGAUAUUUUGCGGUAAAGGAGAAGAGAUUGAUAAGCAAAGGUAUUGCAUGCCUCAUGAUAGCACACAAUCUGUUAUUUGUAUCAGAUCAUGGAUUGAAGCUGGUAUGAAACUGAAGUACAAGUGUAGUGAGAUUGACUAUGAACGGCUAAUGGAGUUAGCUGCUAACGUGGCUGCUGAUAAUUCUGCUGGAGGUUUAGAAAAGAGUCAACAUAGGUGAAGAUUAUUUUUUAGUAUUUGUACUAAUGAACUACUAUAAUUUAGUUGUCGUACUUUUAGCAUGAAUCAUUGAAUUGUAUGUAAUUUUGUAAUUUGUAAAGACCUUUUUUGUGUUUUGAGUUGGUUUGAUGUAAA